GACUGUGGAAUGAAGGAAAAGAGGAGGGGAGAAAGAAGCAGAGUGAGACUGGCUGGGGGUAAGAAAACAACAGGAAACCCAGCGCUUCUAAUGCUGUUUCUGCAAAUCCCUCACAGAUAGCACGGUGGGCUGCCACGUCCCAGCCGAGCGCGAGGAGCGCCGCCGCGUCUUUUCCGUCUUUGAUCCCCACUCGAAGCAGGAGCAGCAAUGUAACAGGCUCACAGUUUCAAACGUGACGUCACUUCUGCUCUCAGCCUCCGACAGUGUGGUUAGUCAGAAUGUGAGCGGAUGCAGACUUCUGGGAGCUGAUUUCUGGGAUUUCUAUGUGGCUGCUUUUCCACCGACAAACUCAGCCUUGUUCUCGGGGCCAUGUGGACCGAUCGCCGUGCCGCUGAGGACCUUUGAUGUUUUAAACAUCUGCACCACUAACUGGAGCCACAUGAAGAAUAAGGGGACAAAGCAAAAGUCCAAAAAGAAAGGAAGUGAAAAUGCGUUCGGCUGUGACCUGAUAGAACAUCUCCAGAAUUCAGGACAAGAUGUUCCUCAGGUUCUGAAGAAAUGUGCAGAGUUUAUCGAGAAGCAUGGGAUCGUGGACGGGAUCUACAGACUGUCGGGGGUCACCUCAAACAUCCAGCGUCUCAGGCAGGAAUUCUGCUCCGAGGCGUGCCCUGACCUUACAAAGGAAGUGUACCUCCAGGACAUCCACUGUGUGGGUUCUUUAUGUAAGCUGUACUUCAGGGAGCUCCCCAACCCUCUGCUCACAUAUGAGCUCUACCGCAAAUUCACUGAAACCGUCUCAGUCCAGGGGGAUCAUGAGAGACUCGUGUACAUUCAGAAGGUGGUCAAACAACUGCCGACCCCUCACUUCAGGACUUUGGAGUUCCUGACUAAGCACUUGGCCCACCUGGCCACAUUAAGCACCCAGACCAACAUGCACACACGUAACCUAGCGCUGGUGUGGGCUCCCAAUCUACUGAGGUCGAAAGACGUAGAGUCGUCGUCCGCCAACGGGGACAUGGCGUUCCAGGAGGUGCGGAUACAGCAGUCGGUCAUCGAGUUCAUCCUAAACCACACAGAGCAGAUUUUCAGCAGUGAUUCUGUGCAAAUCAAACCCAAAGAAGGCCUGAGUUUGAUGUGUGGGGAGAAGUAUGCCACACUCCCAAUGGGCGGCCAGUGUGGGCCCAUGAAGCUGAUGAGUUUGGAAGAGGCCCAGGCCCGCUCCCUCAGCCCGAACCACCCUGUGCACAGAGAGCGUCAGCGAGAGAACAGCCUGCCGGACGCCAACACCGCCUCGCUGUUCCACACCGUCAUAGACGUGACAGACAGCAAGAGACGGGUGUCUGGGAAGUCCAAGAGGUGGAAGUCGAUCUUCAACCUGGGGAGGUCUGUGGACUCCAAGGGGAAACUGAGCCGGAACGGGAGCGUGUUUAUAAGAGCCCAGGGGGGAACAGAAAAGGCAGCUCUGCGUCCAUCCAGGAGCAUGGAGUCCUUGUGCUCCUUGCCCACAGACGAUGACAGGACAGGACACAGUCCAGCUGGCGGAACAGUCAGCGUUUUUGUUCCAGAGGUGAAAUCCAGAACGCUGGGAUCGGACUCGCUCUACGACCUGAGUGAACAUGACCAGAGCUGGGACGUUAAAGAGGCCAAAUCUGGAGGAGCGACCGGCGGCUGGAGCCCCGGCGGGAACCAGAAGGCGUCCCCCGGGGCUCCCGCUGCGCCUCAGAAGUCGCUGCCGGAGCAGCUGAAGGUCUUCAAAGGCGAUGACGUCGGCGGCUACAAGCCCACGUCCCCCAAGAACAGGAGGAUGCUGUACGCGGGCUCGUCGCGGCCCUCCUUCCCGGGCAGCUUCUUCCCGCUGGAGUCCUCGCCGCGGCACCAGCGCCGGGCCGUCAACAUAUCGGAGCCCUUCGCCGUGUCGGUGCCGCUGCGCGUGUCCGCCGUCAUCAGCUCCAACAGCACGCCGUGCAGGGGCCACGCGACUCUGAAAGCCUGUAAAGAGACCUCAGAGCUGGGCAGCAGCAGUGGAAAGAGCAACACCUUCCCCCAAAUGGAGCCGGGCAAACAGGAAGCCAUGGAGAGGAAAAACACAGAGGAGUUGACCUCUAGAGACCCGCCAGGGGAUUUAAGGAAAGAAUUGGUGCCAGAAGGUCAAGGAGAAAAAAGGAUUUUUAAACUGGAACUGUCGUCACUUGCAAAUGUAAUGGGAGGAAAAGAUGCAGCGCCCCCUGCUGGGAAACAGCCCACAGCUCCACACCUGGACAAGGGAUCCUCCUCUGAGCAACAGCUGUGGUCUGAACUGAAGAUAACGGAAACUGACCUGCUGGACGAGGCCUUGGAACCGGCCGUCAGCUCCGGGAGCGGCUGCCGGGGCGCGAGGCUGACCGUGGAUGUCAAGUCCAAGCGAAGCCGCAGCUCCCCGUCCCUGUCUCUGCUGUGCAGGGAUCCGUCUUCUAGUGCCUCACCGGGCGACGGUGGAAGCGCCGCUGGAUCCAACUGUGCGAGGAAGCAGCCUUCAGAGCCGGACAUCGUGUCUCGCCUUCACGGGGACGCGGCCGCGACGGCUCGACCCGUUGACGCUGCCAUUGGGAAACCAGAGAGACUGCAGCGGAGCGCGACGGCCUCGGAUUUACACGAGGCAGGCGAUUCUCCACAGGAAGUGGGUCCAGAUGAAGCUGCGAUUCCUUCGACAGCAGAUGACGAUCAAGCAGCUGGAAAUGAGACGGAUAAAUCGCAAAACCAUGAACUCACUCAAGGUAAAAGCAUCGGUGAGGCAGCAAAGAGCCUGAUUCCUGACGGGGGAGCUGCUCUGAGGCUUUCGCUGAGCUUCGACGACAGACGGAACACUCUGGAGCUUCCGAACCCGGACGACGAUGAAGGAUGCGGGGGCAAUUCCGAGGAGCUGGACCUGGUGGAGCCCUGGGAGGAUGUGAGCUCCGCCAAGCAGUGGGUGACCAGUCCUCUCCACUCGCCCGACGUGGAGGAGCUGCUGAACCAGCUGUCCCCCUUCGGCACGCGCCUGGAAACCGCGCGCCCGCAGGAAGGAACCACUCCGCCUCCUCGGGUCGUCGGCAACAGCGGCCCCCGGACGCCCGCGGGCCAAGCGGAGCCUACGUGGACGCCCUGGCCCCCGGCGCCGUCGCGGGUCGGCGCAAGCGGGGGCGCCGGAAGGAGCAGCGCAGCCAAACAGAAGAGCGCGGCGCCGGCGCCGGCGCACAGGUUUCACAGGCAGACGUCCCACGAGCCCGCUGCCUCCGAGAAGAGGGAGGAGAGAGGCCUGUCUAAGAGCAGGCCCUGCUCCCUCAACCUGGAGCAGGGCUUCAGGUGCAUCCGGGAUAUUUCCAACCAGCAAAACCACAAAUCGUCCGAGAGGGGACCGCAGAACCCGGCCGGGGCCGCCAACAACGGGCCGCCCUCGGAGCUGGAGCUGUUCCUGAGCGACCGGCAGGCGCCUCUGCGGCGGAACUCGGCCCCGGUCAGCGUGGCGUCGGUGCGGACGGCCUUCAUGAUCAAAACGUGCCAGGCCAAAGCCGUGCCCGUCGUGCCCCCGAAGGUGCAGUACAGCCAGAUACCUCACUCCAGGCAGGACGCGGCCAAGGAGCAGGACAGGGAGCAGCCCCGGGCGAGCGCCGACGGGAUGUCGGACCUGAGGGAGGAGCUGGAGAACAAGGAGCCGGCGGAGAAAAGUGCUGAGUCGGAGAAGGGCGCGUCCGGCCCGGAGGGCCCGGUCAUCAAACGACGCCACGCUCCCAGUCUGGAGGUGUUUGUGGACUGUCCCCGACCCAACAGAGGGAGCGUCCUGCAAAGGCCGUCCUUCAGGAACAGGCAGCGGCCUCAGAGCCUCAUCCUGCUCAGCCCGCCCUUCCCCAUCAUGGACUACCCGCCGCCGGGCGACGACGGGAGGCUGCUCUCGCCCGUCAGGAGGGAGAUGGCGGAGAACUUCAGGACGCCGGACGGCAUCUCCGUCCAGAGCAAAAUGACCAUUCCUAAAAGCGGGCAGAGGCUGGAGACGUCCACCAGCUGCUUCUACCAGCCGCAGAGGAGGUCCAUGAUAUUCGACAGCAGGAGCCACAGGCAGAUCGAGUGACUGAUUGUAUGUAAAUAUACACAUGAGAGGAUGAAGCCGAUACUGUAGAUGAAGAGUAUUUAAACUGUACCUUUCUGGGCAGGAAGUGGACGGUCAGGGAGAGCAGACGGAUCAAAUGGAAACUGAGCAGUUCAACAACUAUCAUUUGAUCAAGUAAAGAUGUUAUUUAUCCCAUUAACUAGAAAAAACUUGACACCUAUGAAGUAUUAUACUGCACAUGUAGCCACGGCUCUGUGACACGCUGAUGUCCAUGUGGUUUUAACUGAUAUUUAUAUGGUUUAAUUAUAUUAACACUGUUUAGCCAAAGAAGGAUUCCCAUGUGUGUCUUCAUUUUCUGUAAUUACUUUAUAAUUCACAGCAUUCAUUUUUAUUGGUUGUUUGUUUGUUGGGUUUUUCACAUUAUUGAGAAAUGCGUGUAUCGUGCUAUUAAACGUGAAGUCCUGGAGCUGCCUGACGAUGAGCUGGAGGUUGAUCUGUGCCGAAUGACUCACUGCUCAGACAACGCCGUCGCCAGGUUUUGUUGUUGUUGUUGUUGUUGUUUUACAUUUUACAAACAUCAAAUGGAAAAAAAAAUGCAUUUUGUGUGUGAGUGCGAAUGUGUGCACCAUAGUUUGGAUGGACUGCUCCCUCACUGAUUGUUUGUAUGUUAAUGGAGAUUUCAGUGUUUUUUAUUUGUCUUGUAACUUUUGUAAAGUUGUCGAUACUGAAAAUCACUGACGUGUGUAUUCACAAGUAAACACGUAAAUUGUGUCUGUUGGGGUGAGCAUUGGGUUCAACUGGCUUCAGACCUGAAGUCAUGUAUAUAAAACACUUGAGUUUUGUUACAACAAAAGGUUUUGAGAAUAAAAACUGAUUCCAGUCAUAGCA